CGACCUCUGUUUUUCUGGUAUUUAAAUGGACUUGGGAAUAGUGAGGCUGGUCAUUGUGUUUAGUAGUAGAAUAGAAGCGCGUAACAGAAACCAAACAAACACAUGGCGGGUGUCUCUCAGUUAAACCAAUUUCCAUGCAAAACCUUCACAGCAACGCCGCCACGUCACCACUCCAAGACUUCGCUGCCGGUGGCUUCGAUCGGAGUUCCGUCCAGAUUGGGUGACGGGCCGAGACUUUCGACCCGGGAAUCCAAUCGGGCGAGACUCGUGUUUCGGGUACGUGCUGUAACGGACGACGACGAGUGGGGCCCGGAGAAGGAGGAACCGUACGGAGAGGGCUCGGCGGUGGCUGUGGCUGAGGAGGAGGAGGAGGAGGAGAAGAAGGUUGAGCCUGCGGAGAUCGCUAGGCUGAAGAAGGCGCUGGUGGAUUCUUUCUACGGUACUGAUCGUGGGUUGAGAGCCAGUAGCGAGACUAGGGCCGAGAUUGUUGAGCUUAUUACGCAGUUGGAGGCCCAGAAUCCCAACCCGGCUCCGACCGAGGCCUUGACUCUGCUUAAUGGCAAAUGGAUUCUUGCGUACACAUCUUUUUCAGGUUUGUUCCCAUUGUUGUCGAGGGGUACGCUGCCGUUAGUGAAAGUAGAGGAGAUAUCACAAACAAUUGACUCGGAGAAUUUGACUGUCCAGAAUUCGGUCCUGUUUUCUGGUCCAUUGGCUACAACUUCUAUAAGCACCAAUGCCAAAUUUGAAAUCCGCAGUCCCAAGCGUGUGCAGAUCAAGUUUGAAGAAGGCAUUAUUGGUACCCCCCAAUUAACAGACUCAAUAGAGGUACCUGAAAAUGUGGAAAUUCUGGGACAAAAGAUUGACCUUGCACCCUUCAAGGGUUUGAUCACCUCUGUCCAAGACACUGCUUCAUCUGUUGUGAAGACCAUUUCGAGCCAACCACCAUUGAAGAUCCCUAUCUCAAACAGCAAUGCUCAAUCGUGGUUAUUAACUACAUACCUUGAUGAAGAACUUAGAAUUUCAAGGGGAGAUGCUGGCAGUGUGUUUGUUCUAAUAAAGGAAGGCAGCUCUUUAUUGCCAUCCUGAGCAAUCUUUUGCCUUUGACUCGACUAGUGUACUGCUUCAUCAAUUUAUAUACAUAAUUAUACAAAGACGAAUUUAAGAACCAUAUUGUAAUUCAGUAUUGUUAAUAAUAAAGUACACCUUGGAUUUAUAA